AUGCUUCCUCUGAUGUCCGCCGCGUCGCUGCUGCCGCAAUCCCUCUCGUCCCGCUCGUACCUCUCGUGCCUUUCAUUCCUGUCGUGCGUGUGCCUGUGGUGCUUAUCGCGCGUAUCGGCCGUGGGUGCGGUCGCGGCGGGCCCUACUAGGUCCGGCGCGCUACAGGGCUCCACGUUGCUCCUCCCCACCUCCUGCUUCCUCGCGCUCAAGGCGUGCGACUUUACGUUCAACGGGUCGCUGGGCUUCGUGCCGCUCUACUCGCUCGAGGCCAUGCAGCCCAACGCGCCCUUCUCCGACGGCGUGCUGCACUCCCGUGCCUCCGCCACGGUGCCACCCCCACCUGUGCCACCCUCUCUUCUUCCCCCCGCGCUCCUUUUCCCCGCCUCUCUUUCUCUGCUACCUAUUCACUAA